CUAACAAACAAAUGCUAUAAUUGGACCAGUAAAUAUAGGCUUCAGAUUGAUUUCAUCAAGUUGGCAUGUAUUCCAAAGGAUAUAAGACCCCUGGAAAGCCUGAUACAACGCUGGCCACAAAGACAAUUGGCAAAACCAAAGAACCUCGGUUUUCCAAAAGCCUGGACCAACAAACAGCCAAAAAUAUCAAAAAACACGGAAUUUCCUCCGAGAAAGCGAUCCAUUCCGUUAGGAUUUGACUUUGAUUUAGAUGAGGUUUGGGGACCUUCAAAUCCCAUGCUGAAGAAUGUGUACAUCGAAAGAGGCCUUGAGAGCUCUAGUACUGGUUCGAGUGACAAUUCUUUAGGUGCAAGUCACAGACGAAUGUCCCAAGGCAAACGGUCCACAUCCGCUGAAGUGAGAGCAAAUAACCGCACCAUUUCUGAG